UGACAAUGAAUAAUAGCAGGAAUUGUUAACAAUUUUUAAACGGAGGAUUUCCUUUAAAUCCUGGCUUCAGGAUUUCCUGAUGUGCAAGUGCCCCCGUGGCAUAAUCUCAGGAAUGUAUUUGUGUAUAUUUACUUUAUAGAAGUAGUGAUCUAAUUCAAAGAAUCAUCAUUGUGAAGCUGCUAUAGCUGUGCUGAAUGGUCCUUGUUCUGGACUUUGUUGUAUGUCUGCUUCAGUCUUUUCACAAAGAGGCUCAUAAAAAUCCCCUCUCUCCCUUUCACCUAUGAUAAACUGAUGAUGUCCUGCAAAAGAGGGUGAGAGUCAGUAAAGAAUUAGAAAAGCUAUUAAAUUUGUUCCUUAUUUCAAUAAAUUUACUUCUGCAUCAUCAUAACCAGAGGAGGAGGGGGUACUUGGCAAUCUGUGUUUGGCAUUUCACUUUUCUGGGAAUUGUUAUACUUUCAACCUGAAAUAAAUACUCUGAAUCAAUUGCUAAUAUGCUACACUGGACACUUUCUACAGUCUGGAGUUGCAAGAAAGACAGAGUUUUGCAAGAUGCAUAAGGAUGUGUCCUGUACUAGAAAUUUCGAUCCCUGGACUGGGUGCAGUGACCUUUGCAAGCGUAUUAUAAGCCUGAAAAGAAACAGCUACUGCUAGACCUGAGCGCUUCAUUUUCCACUUCUACCUCAAAUUACCAGUACUCAAAAUUUAAAUAAGUGAUUAGAAAAGCCUUUUAGUGUAUCAGUGGUCUCAGUAACUCACUCUCUCCUAGUUUACAGACCUAUCUUCUCAUUGUUUGGGAAUACAACUCACUUUGUAAUUUCUGAGUCCUACAUAUUGUUGCAGACACUAUUUCAGCAGGAAUAUCUUCUGGUUUUAUUCAGAAUUGGCUUUUGUGUAUUGCACUUGUAGUUUUAGACUAUGACUCAUUAACAAUUAAAUUUCAUGGUUUUUCCAUGGAUUUCAAAGAAUUCUGAAUCCAUUUUCCCAUAUAUUUGAAUGGGAUUUGAAGUCUUUCACUAGUUUGUAUGGUAUGCAUUUUCUUCUGUUCAAUCACCAUAUGUUUUUUUAAAGAUAUGGAAGAAGUAUAAUUAAUAUCUAAUUACACUAUAGGCUAAGCAAGGAAUGAGUUUGAGAAACUCUUUGGAUGGCUUUGUUUUCCUGCCUGUUAAAUAAUUACAAAAGCACGUUUUGGUCUCUCUCUUCUAGAAUAAUAGAUUCCUUAACAGUCUGAAUUUUUAUCUUCCACAGUUAGUUAUUCAUUCAUGAAUGCACUCCAUGUUGUUCAGAUGCUGCCACUGUGGCUUCUGAAAAAUAUAUAUACGUAUCAUGGUCUUGGAUUCAAUUCACCGUAUGUGUAAAACGGGGAUAAAAAGAGUCUAACCACUUGACGGUCAAACCUACUGACUUCGCUGUGCUGACUUUGUCUUACUGUAAAUGUUUACAAAAAAGGAAAGGUCUUGGUGAAGUGUCUCAGGAUGUCUCUCUGCCUCAGUAGUGUGCUUUGAAACACUUCACCUACUGUAGUCCCACUUGUGCACAGAAUUGUGUAAACUUUCCACAAUGUGCAUGUUUUUGCUGAAUGUGCUAUUCAUGAAAAGAGCAUGGGAGGAGACAGCCCUGCAUUGCACAGAAUAGAAAUCUUAGCGUGUUUCGAAACAUGCCCUGUGGAAGCAACGCAAAUACUUAGGUUGCUUAAUACAGAAUUGUGUAAGGUAGGGUGCAGGUCCUUACCUCCCGACAGAAGUUACAGGAUUUCCCAAGCGUCUUCCCUAGAUCACUUCCUGGCUGCCCCUGCUCUGCACAGGCCACAUCUGGUACCUCCGCACACUCGCAGGGCAGGAUGCCCUUGUCGCUGUGGAGGUCCUGGGCUACCUCACCUUGCCUUUAGGUGGCUUAGAUGUCCCAGUGUCUCCAAUGUAUCUAUACGGGGCUGGCACAAGACCUACGUGAGAGCCAUAAGGUCUGGAGUGUUAAGUGAAAAUCAGGUUUGCUACUUAGGGCUGCAAAGAGGACACCAAAAAGAUCUUUUUAGGUAACUGACUCUUACCCAUAGCGACCAGUUGUCUUUAACACAAUUGGAUGAGCUUCUGUGCAUUAAUUCAAAUGUUUCAGCAGGAUUUUCUUCUUAAUACUCUUGCUUUUAUUACUUUCUGAUGUGAAGCAUAUCGGCAUCAAGUUAUGCCUUUUGAUAAAGAUGAAGGAAUGCCAUACAGGCAGAUGUUAAAACCCUUCUCAAGGCAACUUGUUUUACCUGUAUAAAGCUUCUAGUAGCGAUGGGCAAGUCAAUGGCCUAUGCAGGGCUAACACAUGUUUUCAGUAUCUGCCAGUCUCUGCAUGCAAUGCGUUUACUUUACUUCAUUGAUUACUGUGGUGCUUAAGGGAGUUCUGCAGAUCCAUUAUGUGCUACAUAGACAAAAAAUAGAAUCUUUCAACUCUCAGUGUCUGCUGUUAAAGGGUUGAUGCUUGCCCAUUGUAAUGAAAAAGUAAAGUUGCAAGUUUGUUUCUUUAUAGAGCAGGACUUCCGCAGCAUUGCGGUCAGGCUAACAACUUAUUUGUAUAUCUGGCAGCUCUUGCAUAUGCAUCAAUAUGCAUAUAACUACCAUAUGCUUUGUACGUAAACUAAAUAAAUAAACAUUCAUUGCUAGGCAGAAAAAACCUACACCUGGUGUCAUCCCAGAGAAUACAGGGAGAGAAGCAUGAGAGAAAUGUUUUCAAAAGAGGUACUGGAAGGAUUCUGAUCCUUUGCUAAUGUUUUUCAUUAUAGCUGCAUGUACUGCCAUGGAACUGUACAUUUAUACCUUGUACAUCAGCUGAGGAUCCUGGUAGUUGAAAUAAAAAAGAAAAGUCCUAAAGCUUAAAAAUACCCUCCUUAAAAUUGUUGAAAUUCAACUAACUGAAGGGCUAAGCUCUCUAUUUCAAGCUUGUCUAACCUUGUCUGUUUGUCUAUCUGGGACCUUAAAUAACUUUCUUUCAUGACAGAGCCUGUGCACCCCCCAUCAGGACAGCCACCAAGAGGCAGUUCACUUUCCACACUUCUUUCAGUCCUCAUCUAUCCCCCUUUCUUUUCUGACAGAUGAGACACAGCUUCAUCUAUACAGUGUAGCUGUGCUGUUCUGCAGCUGUUUUUGUGGGCAGGUGAGGUCAAACAAACCAGGUCUUGCACCGAGCCCUGAGGUUUGUGGUCGUGCUGAUGGCCAGAGUCAGCCCAGCUGCAGGAGCUCACUGCAGGGAGCACAUGUGUCACCUGCAUUGCUGGGGUUUUACUUGCAGACAGGAAAGUACUACAGCAAGUGGGGGGAAGGAUGCUUGUACUAGAUGUGCUUCAGUUUGUGCAGUCUGUCCCAUCACCCCUUAGAGACCUGGCGAGGAGGAGAACAGCUGAUUCAGGGGAUGGAACAACGACCUCUUAAAUCACCUGGAUUUUUCCCUUUUUGGCCCUUAUGACAUUACAAGUGUCAGUGUGUGUGGGGAGUGGCAUGAAGCAGAUUUAGAAAAUGGUAAGAAAAAGCAUUCUAAGAAAUUAUACAGGAUCUAGUCUUCUCUUUUUCAUAUGGAAGCACCAUAUCCUGGCACUAUACAAAUAAAACACCAUUGAAGCACUUCACAGCAGCCUUGCAUUCAACUUUGCACUGUUUUGCACAUUUGACCAGGUGCAAAUGACAAUGGAAGGUGCAAAUAAUCUGUAAAACAUUCCUGUAUUGUCUUGGCCACUUCGCAGGGUGUAAUGUACUGCUAGAGCCUAUUUCUUUUUUGUCUCUUUCUCUCAAAUUCCUACGGACAUAGUAAACUUGAGAACUGCCUGAUGAUUCUUGGCUUUACUUCAAGCUGAAACAAAGAUGACUUUGUGUCAUUUUUUCUGGCUUGACUGAAGAAAGUCUUGUGUCAUAAUUCUACAUGACAGUUGAUCUAUGUUUAUGCUAAAGGUUUGAGACGUUUUUGUUUCCUUAUUCUGCUUCCAAAUAUACUUGGUGCUUGAAACUCAACUUACUUCUGGUGUGUAAGACAAUGCAGGGUCAAUGGCUGUGCAUUUUGUUUAGGCAAAAAUAUGUCCAAGCUUCUGAUUAAAUCAAUAUUCACUUACUUAGGUGAUAAAAAAUUUCUUGUUUUCAGGUUUAUGAGAAAAUAGUGGCAAAUCCAAUGGAAAGAAAUAUUUUAAUGUGCAACUUUGUUCCCUAGUACUAUUUCAUACCAAUAAUUUUGCUUUUUAUAAGUUUUAAAUGAAACCCUGCAUCCAUGGAAAUCAAUGCACCUUUUUGCCAUCAACUUGAGGCCAGGAUUUCCACUUUUUAUAUACUCUUCACAAAAGGCCUGAUUCUGGUCUUGAAAAUGCUUAAAAGAAUAAAUUAGCAGUGAUCCCAUCGAGUUCAAUGAGAUUUGUCAUUGAGUAAAGUUUAUUGCUUGCCUAAGUGUUUGGAGCCUGAAGUGCAGAUAGAUGUAGAAGCAAGUUUUUUUGGUACUGUUUUUUUUUUUUUAGACAGUGGUUCCUGAGAACACUUAUUAAAGAAAAUAGAAAGUAUGUACAGCAAAUCUAAAGACCAAAAAUAAUUUAAGACUUUAUUAGAUCUUCUGUAGGACAAGAUCUGCAGUGAAGAGAUGCUCAGUAUAAAUGAAUAUUAACUAUGAUUUAUCCUUGAGUUGGGAAAGCUGAGGGUUUUAAUUUUAUUUCAAAAGUAAAGACUGGUAGAGUUCUGAAAAUAGCAAGUUUUAUAUUCUUUUCUUUCCUCCUGAUAUUUAGAGCACAUAAUAAAUGAGCCACUGCUAAUGUCACAGAUGCUAAUUUUCACAACCAUGACUGAAGUGAUGUUCGCUUCCAUUUGCAUUUCAUUCUAACAAUGAUGAGAGGUGAUGAGUUGAUGAUAAGCUGUUUUCACCGUGCUGCCCGCUGUGCAAAUUUAUGCUUAUAGGCAAAGAUGACACAUAGUUCUGUCAUUAAAGGUCUUUACUGCAUUGCCUCUUGAAGAAAGACUGUUUGUCAAAAUCCAUUUGAACUCUGUUAAAUAAGAAGAAAUGCAUGACAACAUCUGGGCUGUAAUUUUAAGAACCUAGUUCAUAGUGAAAAAAAAUACCUGUGUGCCUUUAUCAGGAAGGGUUCAGAGAAAGAAAAAAUAAUACUUGUAAUAACCAUGUAUGUGCAGAAGGGGUAAAAAGGAUUGCAGGUGACACUUCAGAAGGUGUUUCCUGUCUCCCUCAGGCUUAACAAAAAAAAAACACAGAACAAGGUUAGAGUUAAUCUCGUUUUAUUUUUUCUGUAUGAGUGGAAAGCCUUAAAAAUCAUAUUGCUGCUCCUCCUAUAUCUGGUAUAUUUUCUCCAUUUGUAUUACCAUCUUCUUGAUCAUCAGCCAAUUUUGUUUUUCUAGAGCAGUUUCAGAAAGUUGUUUGCAUCUUAAUGUAUAUGUUAACAUAUCUCUUCUCGUAAGGUCUUGAAUUUUCUUUUCUCACCAGAAAGUAAGAUUCCAGGGUCUUUGUGGGGAAAGAACAAGAGGCUGAUUAGGAUGACCAAACUUCAGAUGUUGACGCUCAGAUCAACACACAGGGUCACUGAGGGUUCAUACAACUCUUGAAUAGCUCAUGCGCCAAAGGGAAAAAAAUGAAAUCUGUGGACUGGUCCAGUCCUGGCCUUUUUGUGUGUUCCCUUGUCUACAUCACCUUUUAAAUUUUCACCAACUUUAUUCAAAAUUUGGGUAAUUUCUUAUUUCUUCCCUGUCCUGGUUUUCCUUCACUAGACAAGCUUAAGUUCUUAAUAGCAGAAUAUUUUAAAACAAGUAAGAGAAAAUUUCCCAAAGAGAAUAUUUUCCACAUUUGUAUUCAUUUUGCUUAGAGUCAUAAAUCCAGUUUGGUUCUUUGUUUUCCGAAGCAAACAAGAGCAUUCAAGAUGUCUGUACCACCUUCUCCAGCCAUUUUUAGAAACCAGGCUAUUAACCACAUAGUUUGUAAUUGUACUCUCUGAUAAAUACAGUAGUACAAUUAUGAAGGUGACAUAAAUCAGCAUUAGUUGCCUUCUAAUAUUUUAAUUAGCUUUACAGAGUGGUUGACAUACUUCAAUAUUGUGUUUCUAGGAAACGCAAAGUAUCCCAAAUGAAACAUUGGCCAGCAUAUCUGUCAUUUCUGGAAAAAAGCAGUAACUAUGUAUGGGCAGGACAGGUAGAGGAUGUGGCCUACAGUUUUCUGUAGGUUUCAACACUCUUCUAGUAAUUUGUGUCAUAGCAUAAAUCCAGACUGAAGUCAUUAUAAAGCCAUCAAUGGCCAGUUGGUAUAAGCAAUUUGUGGGUGGCUACAAACACUUCAGCCAGAAGAAUCAACCCUGUGAUUUGUGGGCAGAAACCUCUGGCAAUACUCACUCCAGAGAAGGCAAAAAAAACCCUCUUCUGGGCCUCAGAAAUCACAUUAUCCCUUAACCUUUAUCUUCUGAAAACUUGCAACAGAGACAGCAGAUUUACCUCAGUUGCUAGAAACAGAUACACUCUCUUCCACAAAUUAGUAAUGGCAGUGUUUUUGCUAGACAUUUUGCUGCUUGGCACCAUGCUCCAGAUUAUAUAUGUUCUGAAUGUUUAGCAAGACGUAUGUCCUUUAAGCCACCCUAAUGGAAAAGUUUGUUUUAUACAUCAGAUGAAGGUGUAUUGUACACGUGUUGAUAUUCCAUGGGAAGAUGAAUGACCAUCUAUUUUUUCCCAAGUGAAAUCUCUCCUGUAUAUCUUCUGGAUCAUACCUUUCUAGCUUCUUGUAUCUUAUUCCACUUAGAGUGCACCCAAGAGGACGUUGUGGUGGAUGCACUUGACCCCUCCCUGCCCAACAGAACCCUAAAUUACACCCCUUUAACAAUAGUUCUUACUUUUUUUUCCUCUUCCCAGACUUCCAGCCUAGGGAAAAGUUUGGAGAUUUUUAACUGCUUCAUGGAAGCUUCUUCUUUGACUAUUCAUAUUACAUACUGUACUGCUACUUUUUUCUCCACACCUCUUUGUUUUGUUCCAUGUAUACACAGAAAUCUGGAUAACAGCUUCACCUGUACACAAUCUUCAGGCUGCUUAGUUGCCAGUCGUAACACCUACUGCCAUCUUUCUGCUAAGCUGAAUGUCAGCAGCAAAAGGUCUGUCAUCUCUAACCAUCACCCAGCACAAGCUUUGAUGUCUUUUUCUCUUUUAUAAUCUUCACAAGAACAACCAAGCAACCUCACACUCCUGUCCUUGAUUUCCAUGGGAUGCUGAAUGGUUACUUCCUUGAGAACCACAGGAAACUCGCACGAGCAGCUUUGGAAGCUUUGACCGUUUCAGGCACCACUCGAUAUCAAAGACAGACGAUUCAGCUGAGACAUCUGAGUUGGAGACUAUAAGUGACAUUGGAGAUGCAGUACAAACUAAAGCAGCAAAUAACGGAGGAAGUUUGGGUAAGAAGAUGAGAGCCAUUUCCCUUACCAUGAAGAAGAAGAUGGGUAAAAAGUACAUCAAGGCACUCUCUGAGGAGAUGAAUGAAGAAGGAAAAGAUGACAGUGAUCCUGGUGGUGGAACACACACAGAGAAGGUCUCCCUAAAAACCAGUGACUCUAUGGAAAGUCUCUAUAGUCUGAACAGUGGCCAGAGCUCAUCUAGUGGGGUGACCAGCUGCUCAGAUGGAACAAGCAACAGGGACAGCCUCCGGUUUGAUGACGAAGUCCCUUACACUGGGCCCUUCUGCGGUCGAGCCAAAGUUCACACGGACUUCACACCAAGUCCUUAUGACACCGACUCUCUGAAAAUCAAAAAAGGAGACAUUAUAGAUAUCAUCUGUAAAACCCCCAUGGGCAUAUGGACAGGCAUGCUGAACAACAAAGUAGGAAACUUCAAGUUCAUUUAUGUGGAUAUUAUCUUGGAAGAGGAAGCUGCACCCAGAAAGAUAAAGCCGCACAGAGGAAGCAAAAGGACCAAGCCUAAAACACUGCAAGAGCUCCUGGAUUGUGUCCACCUGCAGGAAUAUGCUUCAACCCUCUUGCUAAAUGGAUAUGAAACUCUAGAGGACUUAAAGGAUCUACAGGAGAGCCACCUGAUAGAAUUAAAUGUUUCAAACCCAGAAGACAGGGCAAGAUUGUUAUCAGCAAUUGAAAAUCUACAGGACUAUGACAUUGAACAACAGCAGAAAAGUGAGGGUGACCAGGAAACGCAGAGCUUAAGCCCUCACCACGGCUUUGACAAAUCACUGUUAAAUGACUGUCCAAGAGAUUCUGGCUGUUACAUCUCAUCAGAAAAUUCAGAUAAUGGUAAAGAAGAAGGAGACCCAGAAACCCUGUCUGACAUGGUGCAGUCAAUAACAAUCACUGAGUCAAACUGAUACAGUCCUGCUGCUUUUCUGCAGAUUUUCAGAAAAGACAAGCAGAUUUGCAGUGUGAUGGGACAGAAGGAGAACACACAAUAUUUUCAGCACCGAAAAUCUACUUCUGUCUGAUGUAUGAUGCUCUAGACUGUCUAAUAUGUGGACACCCAAUAGCUAAAUAUUAGCUGAUAAGAAGAAUAUCUCAUGCUUUUCUUUUCAAUGAAUCCACAGACAUUUCACUGAAAGAGUUUAUACACAUGUAUUUAUAAAGAUUUGUACAGCAAAUGCAUUUUUCUUCAUAAUACUGAAUUGUUUUAGGUAGUGGUACAUAAUAUGGACAUGUUCAUUUCUGGAACUGUCCAAAAUGUAAAUAUUGUACAUAUUUAUUUUAAAAAUAUAAGGAUUAAUCACACUGUCUCUAUUUUCAGGUGUGUUUUGUUGAAAUUUGUACAGAAUGUUUUUUCACUGAUAUAUCAUCAUAAUAAAAAGGUGGAUACAUUCUCAUCCCACUUUGAAAAGCACCAAGCUAAUUCUCAUUGAUAUUAAAGCUGUUUCAUCUCAUUCUUAUCCAAAACAGGCUCUAAAGUAGACUAAUCUCUCCUACAUGUCAUCCUGGAGGUACAAAAGAACUGUAGUAUGAAUUUGAAUCAAGCUCUCUGUGUUCAUUCUAUUUUAGAGAACAUAGCCAUCUGAAUGGCUCAUGCACAGGCAAUUUCUUUAUUGUUAUGUUCACACCUGUUCUCAUUCUUUCCAAGCAUUAUAUCGAGGAUGCAAGCUUGGAGCAAGAAGAAAAUCAGUAUCAAUGCAAUGCUUUUAUGACCACUUUUUGUGAAACUCUUGCCUUUUGUGCGUGGUGUGAAGUUUCUUACUAGAGUAUUUGUUUGUAUACAGAACUCAGAAGCUAAUAUGGUUAUUGUGCACUAUUGUCUUUUAUAUGAGAUUUUAUUGUCAUUUCCCACUAUAUUUUGCACUGGAAUACACAUUUUAACCACCUGUCUUCUUUUAGAGUACUUCAUUCAAUAAUAAACAGAAUCAUGUGUUUGAGCCCCUUAAAAA